GCAUAAAAUCAAACUCUAGCAGAAUCUUUUAAUGACAGAUUUCGAAUGGGCCGUCAGUAGAAAUCGACUCAUGUUAAGAAUCGCUGGUUUAUGGCCGCCGGACAAUUAUGACGCUCGUAAAGCAGUAAAGUCGAAAAUACGACUACUCUACAAUUUUAGCAUAGUAUUUAUCGUACUGGCAAUGCCGGCUUUAAUAUCGCUGAUAAGGGUAUGGGGUGACAUGAUUUUAAUGAUAGAAAACAUGCAAUACACUUUACCAAUUAUGGGAACGUUAUUCAAAAUCUGCAUUCUUUGGCAAAAACAAAAAGAUUUACAAACCAUAGUUGAUAUGGUUGCCAGUGACUGGUUGAAAUCGAAAACGAAUGAGGAGAGAGAAGUGAUGCUGAAGCGUGCAAGAAUUGUACGCACGAUUGCCAUGUACGGCUUGUUUUCGACAAUUUUGACAGUAACAACUGCUUUCAGUUUUACCUGUUUUGAGCUGAUAUUCAGGCAUUUGACAAACCGGACUGAUGCCGGGAAAUCAUUGCCCAUACCAUUGGACUACUUGUACGAUGUUACCAAGAGCCCGCAAUACGAAUUGACGCUAGUGGCGCAAAUAUUCGCGAGUGUUACAUGUGGUUGUUCUUAUAUAGGAGUCGAUCACUUUCUCGGAUUGUUAGUUUUGCACGUAUGUGGACAACUCGAGAACCUACAUUCGAGAUUGACAUACAUGGAUAAAUAUCCAAACUUUACGGCUGCUUUGCAGCACAACGUUCAGGAUCACGUCCGCUUAAUCAGAUCUAUCGAAAUUAUUGAUAAUGCAUUUGAUUCAAUGCUGCUCAUCCUGGUGCUCUACUUUGCCAUAAUAUUCUGCCUUCAAGGAUUUCUCAUAGUUGACGUUGUUAAUCGAAAGGGCCAAUUGUCAAUGAUUCAACUACUUUGGUUCGUCGUCGCGACCCUGUAUGUUUUGUUGCACAUGUGUUUUUACUGUAUUGUUGGAGAAAUUCUUGUAAUACAAUCUGAGAAAAUAUAUCAAGCUACGUACGAAUAUCCAUGGUAUAAUAAGGAACCGGAAGUAGCAAAAAGCUUAAUUCUAAUCAUGCUUCGCGCAAGUAAACCGCUUCAAAUCACAGCCGGAAAGACAUUUCCUAUGACGAUGGCGACGUUUUGCAACUUGUUAAAAACUUCAGCAGGUUAUAUAUCGGUGCUACUUGCCAAUCAAAAUUGAUAUAUCUUGGGCUCAGAGUAUAAUCCUUCAAUAACAAUAUGAUAUGUAAUUAACAAUAGAAUUUGUAAUAUACAAAAUGGGCUCAAUAUAAAGUAUUUUAUAAACUGAUUUUCUAUAAAUCACUGUAGAAAGUGGCAAACUAAUAUGUUUUCAAUAGAUUUGCUUAAAAGUAUAAAAAUAAA